UGUCGCAGCGUGGACAGCACUAUUCAUAUGCUAUCCAAUAUCUAAAAGUAUCCUGACACGUUUCAAGCUUCAUCUCAAAGACUCUCCUGAACCCACACAUCCUAAAAGCUUAAAGGGACAGUUUGGCGAGAAGCAGCAUGAGCCACGACCAUGCCGAUAUGAGCAGUACGGAGAAUACAACAGGCGACGCUGCCGGCAUGACUAUGAUGACCUUUCAUACAGGAACGGGCGAUGCACUCUGGUGGAGUGGCUUCACACCCACCUCUCUAGGCGCUUAUGCAGGCGCUCUCGUUUUACUGAUUGCUUUGGGUAUUCUGCAUCGCGCAAUGGCUGCGUUUGGGGCAUGGACGGAAGCUAGGGCACGCCUUCGACUGAACGGUUAUGCCAAUGAAGUGCGCGACGCGCUAGUGGCUCGUGAAGGUUUAGGGACGGCCGUGUCAACGGACAAGGAGGCUAUGGUACAGCAACGACCUCUCGCAUCGCGUGAUGCAAUACGAAUUGCAACUGGCAAGUAUCCUGCCUGGAGGUGGAGUGUGGACGUGUCGCGUGGACUGCUCCAAGUGUUGUCGGCCGGACUUGCCUAUUUGCUCAUGUUGGCAGUCAUGACAGGCAAUAUGGGCUUCUUCCUGGCAGUGCUAGCUGGGAUCUUUAUUGGUGAGGUUGCCUUUGGUCGCUUUCGAUUUUCUGAGGCUGGGGAGAUGUGUUGAUUCUGUGAAGCUGAUUCAAGCUGCGAACAUUCUAUUCUUGAUGAAGGAGAGGGCAUAAACGCUUGUCAUUGCUGUUGUAACGGUGAGAAUAGCGCUCACCAAGUUUACCUGAUUGUUGUCGAGAAUGUCGCUACCAAUGAUGAUGAGCUUGUCUUCAGUAUCAGCCUUGACCUGCACGCUUGUUCCACCGUGUGCUUCAAGCACCUUCUUCAUCUCCUGAUCGUACACGGUCCGCUGCAUUGUGGCCCCCAAGAUGGAAUCAAACAGACUGCCAAAGAAGCCCGAGGCAACGGCGAUGCAAAAGUAGCCCAUACGCGUGUAGACGCUGUGUGCAGGCAUAAGGAGUGCAGCUACGCCAAUGACACCGCCACCCAUGAGUGAGGCGAGUACUCCAAGCAGUGAUACUCCGCCAUUCGUCCCGG